AUGACGGAGCUGGUCGCGUGGGCUCGAGAAGUGCAAGGCCCUCGCCGCUUGGAGAUGUUGCGCUUUUUGUACAACCAGCUGAAGGGGGUCUACCAUGUCAUGAAGCAGGAUCAGGCGAGAGAGACUGCACGAUUCGUAUCACGAGUCGUCCAUGCCCGGGGCAGGAUUUCUCGCCUGGAAUCAUGGAGCUACAACCUCCGUUCCUUCGUUCUUCAUGAAGGUAUCGGAAGCAAAGCAGAAGAGCAUCCGUGUUUAGGCUUCACUCGGCGUCCACCGCCAUCGGAAGUACUUGUUCGAAGGCGACAGGCUGAAGUUCGAUUGAGUUAUCUUGAGAACGGGAAUUUCCCAGCAAAUAAGUUUGAGGUCUUGCCAGGAUUACGAGAAUUUGUACAGGACAAUCCCGAUUGGAGGGAGCAACUUGGCUUAGUUUCAGAGGAUUUGUCUGACAUUGAGAGUCGAUCAACAAACGACACAAUCUCUGUUCAUUCAAGUGAACCUGAACAAGAAGCUGAGAACGCCAAUCCAUUUGGUGAUCCUGUGCUAAGGGCUGCGUGGGAACGCAUUCGGGCUAGAGGACCCGAGUACAUCGAGCAGUUGCAAAGAGAAGGACAAGGACAAUCAAUUCCAAAUCUGCCAGAAAGGUUUCGGAGGGGUCCGCGUCUUGAAUCAUCAUCUUCGACCGCAGCUGCAUCAAGUUCGACGGUGCCAGUACCAAAGGCACGACCGUUGAGUGAGGAAGGGGUGACUGUUGUGGGGCGUUCUACAGUUCGGAUCACAAGAUCGAAUCCAUUGCUGAGAACUUCACGGCCUCCACCUCAACCAGUUCCCAUCAGAGUGCAGUAUCGUGAUCCUUCCCAAAGGGAAAUCAGGUGGUUGCAGCUUCAAGUCAUUGACGGACAAUCAUCUUUGACCAAUUCGCAGGCUGUGAUCAGUUGGGACCACCACCUUGUUUUGGACACGUUCAGAGUUUCAUCCAGAAACGCUGUCAAGGCCUCUGCAGGCGAGUAUCCAAGGGCAGUCAAAGACGUGCUUGCGAUUGUGCACGGUUUGCCUAGCAACAUCGCACAGAUUGUUUGCUCGUAUUGUCACAGAGACGAUACUGUCCAGAACGUCAUUCAGUGUGCCUCCAACCAAACAGAAUUUGCCAAGAUCUUCAUUACCCGCAAGCCGACAGGCGAACAGGGGAAACUUGCAGUGCUGCGAUCCCACUUUAGAUUGAGUACGGUGCUGAUUCACGUUGACGAUUCACCGGAAGUGCUGGGUGAGAUUCAGGGGUUCAUCAACGAACAGGGCAACACUUGCAAUUGGAGAGUUGUUGGCAUUUCAAUCCGAAACAAGAGACAAAUCCCAGGUGUCCACUAUUGCAUCAACGUGCGUGAAGCACUGCAAUACAUCCGGCAGAAGACCGGUUUGGCCUGA